CUGCCUGUGGAGGGUUUUCAAAUUAAAAGAUUCUUUUGUGGCAGACAGCUUUUCGUGGCAUUACCGCCACCCUCUGGGUCGGAGCGUGAUAUAACUCUGAAACCUAAAAAUCACUCCAUGUAUCUCUCCAUGUGUACUGUGUAUACGUCAUUUUAAACCUCGUAUGGAAAUAUGAAGAUGUUUUUAUUUUAUUUUUUCUGGUAUUGGAGUAUAUGUAUAUUCUAAGGGGACGUUGCAGUAUUUUUAUUGUUAUUUAAUUUUUAUUUUUGUUUUCACAUUAUUUUAUUUAUUUUAGAGACGUUAUCUCUGUGUACUACGCUGCAGUUUCUUCCUUUUCAGCGGAGAGUUUGUCUGUAACCAAAGAGUUUCCCUGUGGGGUUUAAUGAAGUUUUCUGAUUCGGAUUGUCCGGCAGGGGGCAGCACUGAGCACUGCGGUUCACUGACUGACCCUCUUCUCUCGCCGUAGUCACAUGUUUAAACCCGGUAGGGAAAAGAAGAGCACGCUGUUGACUGAGAUCGUACGGAGUUACUCAGCGCAGUUCGGUUAGUCCCGUUCGGUUUGGACCCGGUUCAGAUUCUGGUUUGGGCUUAACCUGUCACGUCAUGUCGGUGGUCGGGCGUGUACCUGGACAGUUUGAUGACGCAGAGGAGGACAGCGACCAAUCAGAGGUGUCGGCUGUACUGAGUCAGAUGGGUGAUGUCACCCUGCAGCCCUCACACCAGGAGGAAGCAGAGGGAGAUGAGGACGAGGAUGAGGAGGAUGAUGAUGAAGAGGAUGAUGAUGAAGACUGGGUGUGGUGUUCAGCAGGAGGAAGUCUGACGAAGAGAUACAACAGGACGACUCUCAACUGUCAGUCCAACAGACAGAACCCGUCCAGUAAGACGCUGCUGCUGUCGACGCCAUCCGAUAAAGCUCUGAGGAAAUACGAACAUAAGAUCAGCCUGGAUAAACUGAAUUACGCUGAUUCAGUGAUCAAUAAAGUGACGAUGAUGCAGAAACAGAAAGACACCGACACGUACAGAUUGAAGGACAAAUCGGAUCGAGCCACAGUGGAACAGGUUCUGGAUCCUCGGACUCGAAUGAUUCUGUUUAAGAUGCUGAGUCGAGGAGUGAUCUGUGAAAUCAACGGCUGCAUCAGCACAGGGAAGGAGGCGAAUGUUUAUCACGCCAGCACGUCGACAGGAGACAGCAGAGCCAUCAAGAUCUACAAGACGUCCAUCCUGCUGUUCAAAGACAGAGACAAAUACGUCAGCGGAGAGUUCAGGUUCCGUCACGGUUACUGCAAAGGAAACCCCAGGAAGAUGGUGAGAACCUGGGCAGAGAAGGAGAUGAGGAAUCUCAUCAGGCUGCAGACGGCAGGAAUCCCAAGUCCAGAACCUUUGCUGCUCAGAAGUCACGUUCUGCUGAUGAGCUUCAUCGGAAAAGACAACAUGCCGGCUCCUCUGCUGAGGAACGCGUUGCUGUCGGAGUCGAAGGCUCGUGAGCUCUACCUGCAGAUCAUACAGAACAUGAGGAGAAUGUUUCAGGACGCUCGACUCGUCCACGCUGACCUCAGCGAGUUCAACAUGCUGUAUCACAACGGAGACGCUUACAUCAUCGAUGUGUCGCAGUCGGUGGAGCACGAUCAUCCUCACGCUCUGGAGUUCCUCAGGAAGGACUGCAGCAACGUGAACGAGUUCUUUGUGAAGCACAGCGUGGCAGUGAUGACGGUCAGAGAGCUGUUCGACUUCAUCACCGACCCGUCGAUCACCUGCCACAACAUUGAUCAAUACCUGGAGAAGGCGAUGGUGAUUGCAGCUGAGCGGACGUCGGAGCAGCGAUCGGAUCAGGAUCGUGUGGACGAGGAGGUGUUUAAGAAGGCCUACAUCCCCCGCACUCUGACAGAGGUGAGUCACUACGAGCGAGACGUCGACCUGAUGAGGACGAAGGAGGAAGAGUCAGCCAUCACCGGACACAACGACAACGUUUUGUAUCAGACGCUGACCGGACUGAAGAAGGAUCUCUCUGGAGUUCAGACGGUUCCUGCUCUCCUGGAGGAUGAGCACUCCUCCUCAUCAGAGGAGGAGGAGGAGGAUGAAGAGGAGGCAGACCAGCAGAUGCAGAGCGAGGACACCCCGAUGGACAGAAAGGAGAAGAAAAAGAUGGUGAAAGAAGCUCAGAGAGAAAAGAGAAAAAGUAAAGUACCAAAACACGUGAAGAAGAGGAAGGAGAAGGUGGCCAAGAUGAAGAAGGGCAGAUGACUUCCCGUUUGUCAGUGUGGACUUCCUGUGUCUUGGGACUACAUCAAUAAAA